UUGGAGCUGUGAGCGCCGAUGCCGUCUCUUCCACAGCUCUGUGACGGGUGUCUCUCAGUUCCUGCAUUAGGCAGCCAGCUUUUCACCUGCCCAUCCCGUCAUCCGGUCUUGCGACUCCCCAGACACCGAGCGGGCGGGAUCCAAUGCCCUUCCAAAGAAACUUGAACCUUGCUUCCAUCGUUUCUGUCGUCCUUCCUUUCUCGCCUAAUACCACGUGGACGGGAUAUUGCUGGGAUGGUCCAGGGGGUGGCACUGGGGGUGUAGCAUGCCAAGAUGCUGGCUGUGCCACGGCCAUCUCGUCAGCCGGACAGUCUGAUGUGGUCAUCGAAAGACGACACACGGGCAACACAGGGCGAGCGAUGUGUUCAGUGCCCAGGCGGCACGUAAGCCGGGAGGGCUAACGUCGCGCCGUUUCUGCCCGCAGCAAAGCGAAAGCAAUGGAAGGCGCUCGAGCAGUUGAGAUCAUGGACGUUCCCGAGGAAGAUGUGGUA